AUGAGUAAAGAAGAGUUCUUGAAGAUCCGGACUUGUACCCUGAAAGUGGACAUUCACUGUGAUGGUUGCAAGCAAAAAGUGAAGAAAAUACUUCAGAAAAUCGAGGGUGUUUACAAAGUGGGUGUAGAUUCAGAACAAGGGAAGGUAACGGUAUCAGGAAUUGUUGAUCCACCGAUGCUCAUCGAAAAGCUUAAAAAAGGCAGGAAACAUGCACGAGUUUUGGGUGUUUCAAAGGAGAAUCAUCAACCAAUGAACAAACAACAACAACUCGAAGGCAAUGGGGGAGAUAACGAAAAACAGGCGAAGAACGAGGGUGGUGAAAAUAACAAACAACAACAACUCGAAAGCAGUAAAAGUGAUGGAGAGCGAAAGAGUCAACAACCGCAGCAGCAAUUAAAAGAUCCGAAAUUGUCACCACAACUUAAAGAUAUGAAGCUGCCAUUUAUUAUUGAUGUGAAAUGUGGUCAUAAGUCUAUGCCUGAAAGUGAUGAUGACGAAGAAGAAAAAGAAGAAGAAGAAGAAGAUACUCCUACAUAUAAGCCUAUGAUAAGUGACAGGGCGCAGUUGAUGAAAGGUGGACAAAAAAUGAAGGAAGUAGGAAACGAUGCGAAAUGUGGGCAUAAGUCUGUGCCUGAAAGUGAUGAUGACGACGAAGAAGAAGAUACUCCUACGAAUAAGCCUAUGAUAAGUGACAGGGCGCAGUUGAUGAAAGGUGGACAGAAAAUGAAGGAAGUAGGAAACGAUGCGAAGAAAGUUGAAGGUGAUCAAGGCCAAAACAACAACGCUGAUGGUGGGGGUCAAAGUGAAAAUCAAAACGCUGGCGGUAACAUAAAUGUUAAUGGUGUGCAGCAUGGCAUGCCAAACAUGAGUGGUAGGGUUCCGGUUGGUGUGCAAAUGAAUGUUUAUAUCCAAGGUGCAGCAGGACCACACCCCAAUUGCCAGCAGCGAUUGAUGAACAACCAACAACGACCAAACGACAACCAGAUGUAUGCGCGACCACCGCCCCCUGAUGUCAACAAUAUGCAGCCACCAGACCCAUACCCAUAUCCUCAAGGUAACAAUCUCACACACUUGUUCAGUGACGACAACACAUCAAGCUGCAAUGUUAUGUGAGGAUAAUAAGCCUAAUACAUCUAUGUAGGCCACUUACAUAUGA